GCACCGAAAUUGGCAAAAAACAAAAUGGAGGCGUAUAAUAUUUUUGUUUGGCAUAGAACAUAAAAUUCGUAUCCGUGUGUGCAAGAAGAACCGUAAACAAACGGCGUGCAGCGGAGAAACAAAAAGUGCGGUCGGUUUUUGGCAAGCGAUCGGUAUCCGCUGAAGGGGCCUACAAAGCUCUGCGUUUAAGGGAACGCCAAAACCCGGAGGAGUUCCAUAUUCGCCACUUUUUUGGUGGGCGCUUCCACUGCGGGCAGCUUCCCCCGGGAAACCGCUAAUUGGAUUGGAUUAGAUUGGACUGGAAAGCGAACGAGGGAGAGAGAGGGCGGGCACAGGGGGGCUCGAACAGGACGCCGCGAUGGCCACCACCCAGCAGUACUCGCUGCGGUGGAACAACUACCUGCGCCACCUCACCUAUUCCUUGGACAACCACCGGCUGAACGACGACUUCGUGGACGUGAGUCUCUGUGUAGAUGGGCGCAGGAUCAAGGCCCACAAGGUGGUGCUCUCUUCCUGCUCGUCAUACUUCAAAGAGAUCUUCAAGGAGAACCCCCACCCGCAUCCAGUCAUUAUCUUUAAGUUCAUCAAGUUUGAGGAUCUCAACUCUAUCAUCGAGUUCAUGUACCAGGGCGAAGUAAAUGUGCAGCAGGAGGCGUUGCAGUCUUUCCUGCAGACCGCUGAGCUUCUGGCCGUCCAGGGACUCACCGCCGAGGAGAAGGAGAAGCCACAGCUCCCGGUGGCGCCACUUAUUAGCGAGCACAAGCUGAUCAAGACCAUACCAAGCACUAUUCGCGCGGUCAACGAGCAGCAGCAGCAACAGCAGCAGGUUGCCAAUGUGCCCCAGGCGCAGUCGGCCACGCAAACCAUCGAAAUACCCACGGCCACGUUGCUGCAGGCAACCACCGCCAGCCAGGUGCAAUCGCAGGUGGUUGCAGCUGCCGCAGCAGCCGCGCAGCAGCUGCAGGUCCAGCAGCAACAGCAGCAGCAGCACCACCACCAUCACGGACAAACCACCCAGAUCCAGCACAUUCAAGUGCAAUCUGCACCGCCCCCGCAGCAACAGCAGCAGCAGCAAUCGCAACAGCAACAGCAGCAGACGACGCCCGUGCAAACGCAACACCUGACCAUCACCAACGCGGUGGCCCUGCCGACGGCAAGUUCGGUCAAGAAGCGCAAGAUCACCUUCUCCGACGACGACGACAACAUCUACACCACCGAAACCGUCGACUACGCCGUCAAGGAUGAGCAGACCAUUGUGAAAACUGCCGAGAUGACAUUCCUGCGCGGCGCCGUCAAGAUGGACAUACCCGACUACAUCGUGGGCGAAGUGGACGAUCGCCUUUCGGACGGAGCCACGCCCCAGACGUCGCAGGAUGCCACCACCGCAGCGGCCCAGAAUGUGGCCCAGUAUUCCUCCGAGUACGAGAUACUUACCGAGUCGGAAAUGGAGGAGAAGUACCAGGCGGAUGCGGACAACGCCGAAAUUGCCAUUGAAAUGACCGGAUUGCUGGGCGCCGGCAGCGGGACGACGGGAGCGAACUCCAGCCAAGUAAUGGAGGAUGCGGGCGGUGGCGGUACGACGACUGGUUCCUCGACCACGCUGUCAGUGACUCCAGUAAAUAAAUCGGAUAGCAAGGCCAGCGGGACAAAUGAUUCGCCCAAUAAUAAGUGGACAGAAUGUCAGUUUUGCAAAAUGGUUAUAACCACGGUCAAUCUUUGGAGACAUAUUCGCACCCAACACACCCCACAGCCGCCGCGCAAGUGCGACCUGUGCAAUAAGAAUUUCAAGAACAAGUACAGCCUGCGCGAGCACAUACGCAUCUCCCACGAGCAGAAAGUAGCCAUUAAGACGGAGAACUGAUGCGUGGUCAUCAGCGUCAACCGGCUCCUGGCCGGCGUCGAAAUUGGCUCAGGGUCGGAGCGAUAAGUGGAAGGAAGGAAUAGUUAAUGACGUCCAGCUUAGCGAGAAGCCAGCCAGCCAACCAACCUAUUCUACCCUAUCCUAUCAAGGUCCCCGAACACUAGCCAAAAUUGUCAACUCAAAUGCAAAGCAAAACAAUUACGGCGCGUUACUCUCACCGUCGAAUAGCCCUCGGUGUUUAGCCCUCGUGUAGUUCCACUUACGAUUACGACUCCUUAGCAGACACAGUCUUUCGGUCCGGUCCAUCGGUCGCAGAGUAGAGCUGGUAAUCCCCUCGCCGACCAAGCCGUGCCAUGUAUCCACCACUGUGUGUACUAUCUACAUGCACCACUUGUAUUUUAGUCCAACACCUGCUUUAGAUACUUAUUUUCCGUAAAGACAGAGUACAAGCCAUUAGCAAUCGUUGAUACACACAUUUAUGUAUAUAUAUGCACAAACACCCGACACAACACAUCGAUCUUAAUAGAAGGAGUAAACCUAUAUCACGGGAAGAGCUCACAAGGAAUUAAGUUGGUUAUAGAACACCUAAGUUAAAUGUAAAUCAAAAUUGAUCGCGUUAAUUUACUCCUAAAGAGCCCGCAUAGUUGCGGGACCUAAAAUGUAUUCCCCUCUCGAAACAUUUACAUUUUAGUAUAUCUUGUAUAUAGAACUGGGUGACUUAACAACCUCGUAGGUGUUCCCCCGAAGAGAUUCUUUGCCCGAUUUCAUUUCCGAUCAAGCUCUGUUCUUUGCUUAGAGAAAGAGAAACCCAAAAUCCAAACCCAUUUGUGUACAAAUUUAAAUAGUAUAAAACCGCAACAACCCAGCGUGCUUUUUGGCCAUCUGUGUUCAGCAUCAGAGCGUUGGCAGUUGAAUGUAAAUUAGCUAAAUUAGUUAUAGUUUAGUUUAAGCCUUGCAGUUCGAUCGGACGUAGUUUAGUUUUGGUAUGUAACCUAGUUGAUUAGUCCACACGAGCCAAGUGAAAACGGAAGUCAUAGCGUGUACAAUAGUAUUAGACUAAAGUAUUUUCCAAAAACAAAGGAACAAACCCUUUAGACAUCCUCUAAGACAAACUCAAAACUCAUACACGGAUACACACUAAAGAUAAUAUAGUUAAAUCAAACAACUUAUACGUAUUACUUAUCGAUCCACAUACUGAUCUAUGUACGAGUAUGCAUAUAUAGUUAAUGUUAUAAAUCUAAAUGCCCGAUGUGCGGAUUGCAUCCGUUUUUCCUCCUCGGCCGUAAUCGUCCUUGAAAACCCACCACCACCCCCAAACACUUUCCCCAGCCAUUGCUUAGGAUCCUGAGGAAAAGAAAAACUAACGAAACAGAAAAGAAAACAACGUUUGUUUACGGCUGAUGUGAAGUUUCUGGUCAACCCGGUCAGGUGGGCAUUAACUAGUCCAGAUGCACCAGCCUAGACUCGAACGAUUACGAGUAUUGCAGAAGAUUUCGAUACCGAUUCCGAUUUCGAUAGAUUGAUUAACUCAACCAACGAACGAAUCAAAUUAAAUCAUCGGAUAACGGGAAACAGAAGGGGACAGGUUCAAGCAGAAGAGCAAAAAGAAAAGAGAGGGAGAAUAAAAGAAUACGUGUAAACCA